UCGGACUGACUGUAUAUGCUCUAUAACAGCGUGUCUUUAUUCCUCCGAACACACGCCCCCCAAGCCAGCACCGCCGCCCUACCCUAAUCGGCGCCGCCGCCGUCGCGCGCUGAGCUGCAAAUCCUCCUCUCUAUUCGACGUUUCCUCUUACGCCGCCACCCCCCUGCCUCCAAUGCACCGCCUCUCAUCUUCUUCGCGACUUCCCAUCUCUUUCAUGGCAUCUGCCCCGCCUCGCUGGUGGCCAUUAGCGCUUGCGCGACAAAUUAUCCCACUCUUGGCGGCUCCAAAUCCACCGGCCCGUCGUCUUUCCAGAUUUCCUCAUGGAUCUCAGAACCUGGCCACCGUCAGUCGAGUACAAGGCGAUGAAUCUGGUAAACCAUAUAAACGACUGCCCAUCUCGAUCGCUCAAAUGAUGAAAAACAUGAAGACUGACAAUUUAAAAAAAUUGAAAAAUAUUGGGACGAGGGGCACUGUCUCGGAGGUUAUAGAUGAAGAUGAGAGGAAAAGUGAUAAAGAUGCUUUUAGGACAACAUCAGAGGUUAUGGAUGACAAAAGUGAUACAUGGGGCCAAAAUGUGAACUUACCUGGUUUUGAGGAAGACCAAAGUAGCGCAGCCAAGAAUCACAUUACUGAAAUCGCUGUCAGUGAGGAUGAAGGACUCAGUGAUGAUGAAGGAUAUAGUGUGAACGGUAUACUUGCAAAAAGCAGACACCGUGAUGGUUCUAUAUACAGGGAUAUGGAUUUAUAUGAUUGGAAAAAACAUUAUCGCAUUGCAGACCGUAUUGAGACUCGGUUGGAGGCAAUGACAUUAUCAGACCCUGCUGCAAAUUGCAACGUUCACGAUGGAAUUUGUACUAGACAUUUUGCUCGUAGCAUGCUGCAAAUUUACUCACUAGAGUUGGCUAAAAUUCCUGUGGAUGGCUUAGUAGAGUUGUAUGGAUAUGUAGCAGUGCGGGAUGAUCUGGAUCCAUUGCUUAAUUAUGUUGUCAAUAUUAGCAGAGAUGAUCCCGUCAUCGUGGAGCAGGGUUCUCUCAUCAACAUGAUUGGCCCCAAGCGAGGGAUAGAUAUGGCAGAUCAUGCUCUACUUGAAUAUGACAUGAAGAUCAAGUCAGGUGAACAAGAAAAAGAUGACCUACAGCUGAUUGAUGGUGCAUCAUUCAUAGGCCCCUUAGGCUCAUGGGAUCAACCAUGCACAUUUCACAUUGCUGGUGAUUGUGGCUCAGUUGACAUAACUUUGUCACGCCUUUUAAAAGCAGUUGAGGCGACCGUAGAGGUUCUCAUAUUUGAAGUGAAAAGCAGUUUCAGUUUGUCCGUCGGAUGUUUAGCCAGUGGGUUUAAUGAAGAAAUCCAGCUCUUUGAUGGCACCAUCGCUGAUUCACAAGGCCUAAAGAGGUCCGUGGUUGCUGUAAUGAAAAACUCUUCGAUAGAUUUGAAGUUCAAGGUAGGCGCACUGUCAUCCAGUUCCGACCAACAUUGCUGUUCUUUCAAGGCGAAAAUGCACGGGCAUGAUAUUGAAGAAAUAAAGACUGAUUUUGCAUUAAUCUUAGUGAAGGUGAUUUGGUCGACCUUGCCUAGGGGCUUUUCCGCCAUGUGUGAUGGGCUGGCUCGUGAUUAACUUGGAGUGUAAUAAUCAAAACUAUCCUAGCAAUUCUUUGCUAAGUGUAAUAAUCAAAACGACAAGUCUUUGCAUACUCAGUCGAUGCUCCGAGUCGUUAAGUGUACCAGUGGCUGGGUUAAGUGUACUAGUGGAUGGGGUGCGCCUCGUGAGGUGUAAGUGUGCGGUACUUGUCAUGCUGUUAAACUUGUUAAUGUGUUUGUACAGCCCA